AUGUUGUCGCUGUGGCUCUGCUGGGCAGUGUGGGCACUGCCCCUGACCGGCCCCGCAGCUGCCCUGAGCGAGGAGCAGAUCCGGGACAGCCUGCUGCAGCAGCUGCACCUCAGCGAGGUGCCUGUGCUGGACAAGGCAGCCAUGGAGGAGCUGGUCAUCCCUGCCCACGUGAGGGCCCAGUACGUGGCCCUGCUGCAGCGCAGCCACAGGGUCCUCUCUCGAGGGAAGAGGUUCAGUCAGAAAUUCCAAGAGGUGGCCGGCAGGCUCCUGGCGUCCGAGGCCUCCCGGCACCUGCUGGUGUUCGGCAUGGAGCAGCGGCUGCCGCCGGACAGCGAGCUGGUGCAGGCCGUGCUGCGGCUCUUCCAGGAGCCGGUCCCCAGGGCGGCGCUCCGCAGGCAGGAGCGGCUGUUCCCGCGCAGCGCCCGGGCGCGGGUCACCGUCGAGUGGCUGCGCGUGCGCGACGAUGGCGCCAACCGCACGUCGCUCAUCGACUCCAGGCUGGUGUCCCUCCACGACAGCGGCUGGAAGGCCUUCGACGUGACCGAGGCGGUGAGCCUGUGGCAGCAGCUGAGCCGCCCGCGACAGCCGCUGCUGCUGCAGGUGUCGGUGCAGCGCGAGCACCUGGGCCCGCUGGCCUCGGAGGCGCACAGGCUGGUGCGCUUCGCCUCGCAGGCGGCGGGGGGCUCGGGGCCGCGCGAGCCCCAGCUGGAGCUGCACACCCUGGACCUCAAGGCCUACGGGGCUCAGGGUGACUGCGACACUGAGGCACCAGCCACCGAGGGCACCCUUUGCUGCCGCCAGGAGCUGUACAUCGACCUGCAGGGGAUGAAGUGGGCCGAGAACUGGGUCCUGGAGCCCCCGGGCUUCCUGGCCUAUGAGUGCGUGGGCUCGUGCCAGCAGUCCCAGGAGUCCCUGCCCUUCCAGUGGCCAUUUCUGGGCCCGCGGCAGUGCAUUGCUUCGGAGACAGCCUCGCUGCCGCUGAUUGUCAGCAUCCAGGAGGGAGGCAGGGCCAGGCCCCACGUGGUGAGCCUGCCCAACAUGAGGGUGCAGAAGUGCAGCUGCGCCUCGGACGGGGCGCCCGUGCCCAGGGAGCUGGCGCCGUAGGUGCCCCGUGUAGCCUCUAACUGGAGUGCAGAGGCAGGUCUGACUGUAGGUCUGAAUUUUGUACUUAGCAAGCUACCACCCCGCCCCUAUUUAGUGCGCCUAUUUUAUCUCUGCCCUGUUUUCUCCCAUUUCCAAUCCUUGCUGUACACCUAUCCUAAGCACUUACAUGAGUAGAGAAUGCAAUUGGGGUUUGCUGAGCCUCUGGUAAGAAAUCCUGGCUGGCUUACCUGAGGAUAUAUUAGAGCAAUGGAUGUAUUGUCAGCUGGGGAUCUAUUUUCUGGCAACUCCCGCCUGAGGGUUCUAGGAUGAGAACUAGGGAAAGACAAGUGUUUUACUCUAUUACAUGGUUAACUAAAACAACAACACGAAAAAACCCUCAUUUCUCCUCAAAAGAGAGGAUAUUGAAAAGCACCCCUGCCCGCUGGAGAUAUCAGCCUGUUCUAGACUUUGUAAACACACCCACUUCCUGCUCCCCUGAGGAGAUGCCAGGCAGGAGGAAGGCCGCGCCCUUGGGUAGUGUACAGGCACUCUGAACACCUGGUUUGGGGUUCUCACAGGCCUCUGGCUGUGACCUCAAGCACACACAGAAGACUGGGCCAACGGGCCCUUUGUUUGGUUUUUCCAACACGUCCUUUUAAAAAGGAGCUGUACCUCUGUCCUGGUUUAAGACUGUUUCUACCCUUUGAGAAUGAGUAUUGCUUUUGCAUAUUUAGGUUAUUUCCCCCAUUGUUUUUAACAAUGUAUCCCCAAAAUCCACAUGUUUGCGUCAUCUUAUUUAGCAAAACCACAAUUGUAUGUAGAUGAUUUGCUGAAAUAAAAGUGGUUUCACUCUGUCUAUUUAA